UCAUUGAAAUUCAUUCUGGUUUGGUUGGUCUGAUUGUGAUGAACAUUAAAUCGUGUUUAAUGAUAAUGAUGAUGGAAAAAAUUUGUAGCCAAAUUGAUUUUUAUUUUUCCGAUUUCAAUCUUCAUCAUGAUCGUUAUAUGCGUUCGUUUAUUACUACGGAAAAUUCUCUGGUUCCCGUGGACAUAUUGCUCAAAUUCAAUUUGAUCAAUCAAUUAUUAGAGAAUGAAUCCAUCAAUAAUUUAAUCGACGUAUUCAAACAAUAUCAAUUUGAAAAUGUUCGAUUCAUUGCUGAAAAACAAUCAUUUCAACGUAUCAAUGCAUUUGUUUAUGAUAAAAGUGGUUAUAUGAAAUCAAUGAUGGAUUCAAUUGUACAUGUUUCACGUUUGCCAUCCACUGUAUCGGCUACAAUGGUCGAUCUAAUCAAAUGGAUUUCCAAUUUAUUCGAUAAUGGUGAAAAUGGUCUAUAUGGUAUCAAUGUUUGUAAACGUAGUAAAGAAAAUGGAAAUUCUAUUCGUAGUGCAUUGAUUGUGUUAAAGAAUGGUGAUUAUAUUCAAGUGUUACAAGAGAAAAUCCAAUCAUUCGAUAAUGAUAUCCGUAUCGUACCAUAUCGUGAUUAUAUACGAUACAAGAAUAAAUUACGAAUGAAACGGCGGCAAAAAAAAUCAAUGAUUAAUCGAAAAUUUGGUCAGAUGGUGAUUAAAAAUGAAAAUAAUGGAUUAAAAACGUUGAAGCAACAGCAACGAUUGCAUGGACUACGAUCAUUAGUGGCAAAACGUACAAUCAUAAUGAAUUCGAUACCGGAUCCAAUCGCCAAAUGUAUGAUGAUCCAGGAUGAUGAUGGUUGUCGUUUAUUUAAACAAUAUCUACAACCAAUCGGGCUAGUCUAUCUGUAUCGACCGAAAUUGAAUCAAUCAACCAAUAACAACAACAAAAACAACAACAACAACAACAACAUUAGCCGUCGUGAUUAUUAUCUUUUUUUCAAAAAUCGUACAUUACUCUUACAAUUCUAUAAUCGUUUGCGUCAAGAAGAUCCAAUGAAGGUUUUCGGAUCAUUAUUGGCCAACAGCAACAACAACAACAAUGAAUGGAUGAUGAUGAAUAAUGAAACAACAACAACAACAACAACAACAAUGAUAACGGGUAAAAAUUUCUCAUUAAUCAAUAUGGCAGAUGAUGAUGAUAAUCUACCACGACGUUUCAUACAUUAUGUUCAUUGUGUUCGAAAAUUUUUCCAAAAUCGUAAAGCUCAAUCAUCGGAUUGUUGAAUUUUUAUCAUCGCAAACAAAAGUUUAUAGAAUUUUUGUUUCAAAUUUUUUUUUCUAAAAUCUAUAUUGUUCAAUUUGUUCCAUAAAAUGUUUAUAUAAUUUCAAAAAUUCUAUGAUCAAUAAACGAUGGAUGUUUGUACCAAUA